AUGGGCGACAAUGGCAGAGGGGACGUCGCGCCGGCGACACCGGAGGACGCGGCCAAGGCGGAAUUGUACAAGGAAGAGGCGAACGAGUACUUCAAAAAUCAAGUAUACGACAAAGCUAUUGAAUUAUAUACCAAAGCCAUAGAAUUAAAUCCAUCAGUAGCCAUAUAUUUUGGCAAUAGGAGUAUUGCUUAUUUAAGAACAGAAUAUUUUGGAUAUGCGUUGACGGACGCUUCCACAGCCAUCAUGUUAGAUAAAAAUUAUGUCAAAGGUUAUUAUCGGAGAGCUGCCGCCUAUAUGUCUCUUGGCAAGUUUAAACUGGCUCUCAUGGAUUAUAAGACUGUUGUAAAAGCUAGACCCAAUGAUAAAGAUGCAAACGACAGAUGCAUGGAAUGUUCCAAGAUGAUUAAAGUGUCAGCUUUUAACAAAGCUAUCUCUGUUGAGGAUAAAAAAAAUAUAGCUGACAUGAUUAAUCUAGAAGAUAUGGCGAUAGAAGGUGAAUACACAGGUCCAAAAUUGGUUGAUGGGAAAGUUACUCUAGAAUUCAUGAAAGAUUUAUUAGAAUGGUAUAAAAAUCAAAAUAAGUUGCACCGUAAAUAUGCUUAUAAAAUCCUGUUGGAUGUUAAAUCGUGGUUUAUGGCACAACCUAGUUUAGUAGACAUUACAAUUCCAGAAGAAAAUAAAUUCACCAUUUGUGGGGACAUUCAUGGUCAAUAUUAUGACUUGCUUAAUAUAUUUAAGUUGAACGGAUUACCAUCAGAAACUAAUCCAUAUUUAUUCAAUGGAGAUUUUGUAGACAGAGGUUCAUUCUCUGUAGAAUGCAUAUUUACUUUAUUUGGUUUUAAAUUAUUAUAUCCAAAUCACUUUUUUAUGUCAAGAGGUAAUCAUGAGUCAGCAACAAUGAAUCAAAUGUAUGGAUUUGAUGGAGAAGUUAAAGCUAAAUAUUCUGUCCAGAUGGCAGAAUUGUUUACAGAAGUUUAUAACUGGCUCCCUCUUGCACACUGCCUCAACCGUAGAGUGCUUGUGAUGCACGGUGGAUUGUUUUCGCGGGAUGAUGUGACGUUGCAAGAAAUUAGAGAAAUUGACAGAAACAGACAACCACCUGAUGAAGGAUUAAUGUGUGAACUAUUGUGGUCGGAUCCGCAACCGCAAAUGGGCCGGGCGCCCAGCAAGAGAGGCGUAGGUGUUCAAUUUGGACCCGACGUCACACAGAAUUUCCUCAGUAUAAAUUCCCUUGACUACAUCGUGAGGAGUCACGAAGUUAAAAACGAUGGAUACGAAGUGGGACAUGACGGAAAGUGUAUCACAGUAUUCUCUGCUCCAAAUUACUGUGAUACUAUGGGUAACCGAGGUGCCUUUAUCACACUUAAUGGUAGUGACAUGAAACCUUAUUUUACGUCAUAUGAUGCAAUGCCUCAUCCAAACGUAAGGCCGAUGGCUUAUGCCAAUUCUUUACUAAAGUUCAUGUGCUAGUGGAACAUCUAGGAGAUCGCGAUCGAAUUUCUUGUAUUAUAAAAUAUAUGCGAUGAAAAUGCAUAAUAUUGAUGGGUACAAAAGCGAGAAAAGUUUGCUUAUUUUUACAACAAGCAAACAAAUCUAUCAGACUUCUUAUCUAUGAUAAGAAAAAACGGCUCAUCAAACACUGGCGAUUUGUGUUCGUUUGUAAUAAAAUGGCGCGAAGAGAACAUUUCUAUUUUGUACCCUCAAUCUAUGACCACCUUGCUCGUUAAAGAUACUUACGUGCGCGUAAAAAGAACAAAUAAUUUUGAUCUCGAAGAUAUUUCCACGGAAUUUUAACUUUAUAAUAUAUUAUUUAUAUGAAGCGCUGAAUCUUAAACUUUUAAUCGAUUCUUUAGCGACCAACGGUGGAAUUUCAAUGAAAUAUAGUAAUUACAAGAAUAUACAUACAUGUGUAUGCAAAAAACUAGAAUAAUUAUGUAGUACAAUGUUCUAACCAAUCACUACUUGUCACGUUAUUUGUGACAAUUUUUUUACAAAUCUAUUGUGAUUGGCAGGACUUCUUUGAUCUAACAUUUUGUUUUUUGUUAAUAAUAAAUGAUGUUUAUGAUGUACAUACAUAAA